AUGCAGAAGGCAUUGCCAUACAGAUAUUGGCUUUCAACAACCACCAUAGAAGGAGAUUCCACCAAUUGUCCGUCGGGGAAUAGAAAAACAACUGAUGAUGACAAGGCGAUUCUGAAAAAAUUGAUGACAAAAUAUGGUGGUGGGUUUUGCCCGAAGAGGUUGCCGCAUGUGCCAUGUGGUCUUUUGCUUCACGGCCAUGGCGUCAACCCCAUCAUAUUUGAUGUGGAUGAGCAUCACGAAGCUGCAGUUAUGAAUGAAUUGUCAAAAAUCGUCACGGCGGAAGAAAGAUGCUCUACUACUGGAGCCAAUUUUCUGGCGGUGUUUUCAGCGAAAAUUGCUUGGCGGGCUUGA